AAAUAUCAGAGCCUCACCAAACAUCCAGCAGAGCCCGUGGACCCUAAAGAGUCAGACACAGUCUGAGAGAUCUGCAGAAAGGCCGACAAUCCGGAUCAGAACAAGAACCAGACAAGUCCAAACUGUCAGCAUGUUCUCAACAGCGAACUCCUCCAGAGUGACGGCCGUCUGUAUGGUGGCGAUGAUGAUGAUGAUGAUGAUGAUGAUGACGGAGGCAGCGGCCAUGCUAAAAGGAGGAGGCCAAUCCAGACACUCAGUGAAGACACACAGGAAGACUUCUGACGGUGCGGUGGUAGAAACCGUCCCCCUGCAGCUUGACACCAACUUCUUGGUUCCCAGCAGACCCAUCAGGCCGCUGGAGAACAUCUCCAUCUCCCCGUGGACGUACAACAUCUCCCACGAUGAGUCUCUGUUUCCUCCGACGUUGUCCGAGGCUCGUUGUUUGCUUGACGGCUGUCUGGACUCGGAGGGCCAGGAGGACCUGAGCCUGAAGUCCAGACCCAUCAUGCGCCAGGUGAUGCUGCUGCGCCGAGUCAGGUCGACGGGGGCGGGGCCAGGGGCAGAACAUGGCUACCACUUCCGGCUGGAGUCCCGCCUCAUCGCUGUGGGCUGCACCUGCGUCCGACCCAUCGUCCAGCGCCAAGACUGAAGAGCAGCAGAGACCAGACCGGCAACCGGGUCAGACUGAGAUGAUCAGACAGUCUGGACCGGUACCGGUACUGCCCAAAAAACAAUGUUGUAAUUUUGGUUUUGUGUCUAUUCAGAGAGACUUGAUAACUUGUCUUUGCUGUGCUGUAUGAACUGAAUUUAUUAUGUUUUGUUUAUAACUAUAAAAGAUCCAAACAUUGAACUUUUUAAAAUUUUACAUUUUACAGAAAGGACGCGAGGUGUUUCGACUGAUGUAAUGAAAUGUGAAGUGGUCGGUUCUUCUUGCUGCUCCGCUGGCCGUCAGAUCAACAGUUUAUUUCAUUUACAGUUCAAUUCUUUUGUUUACACUUUUCAUUUUUCUCCAAACACAACUACAUACUGGAGCUUAAGUUCAGGAGCAGACAGGUUAUUAAUGGAUGUGUCUCAUAUGUAAUGUUCUAUUUAUGCGUUAUUU